AUGAGCUCUGCUGGAGACAAAGAGCGCGCUGCUGCGAGCGGAGAACAGAUCCGCCCGCCGGUAAAGGAAGGCCGCGACGCGGAGCUUGCAAGUUUGCAACGGCAGAUUUCGCAAUUGGCGGCCCUGGUGGAGGAGUCGGUGAAGAAGAAGGAGCCUGGCAGCGUCGUGGCGGAGACAGCCACCGGAGUGGACCCGGGCAUUGGACCGGACUACGGGGAAGCGACGGGGUUAAGCCUUCCUGCGAAGUUCUUGUUGGAGACAGCAACGGCGCCGGAUAGGGCCGAGAUCGUCAGGAUCGUGAGCACGGUGCACGCGAGCCUCCCGGAGGGGAGGAAGGCCUCGACCAGCCAGCGUAGGGCGGAGCAUGCUCUCCUCGCGAGCGACGGUAGCGGCGGGGGAGGAGCCCCGGGCCGCGGCAACAGCGGCCGCCGCAAGGGUCGCGGCGGCGGCGGCGGCAACCAGAAGGGGAGAGGGGGUGGCGCGAAGGCUGGUGGCGGCGGCGGAGGCGGUGACGACGAUACGGGUAGCAUGCGCGGUCGCUGUUUCCGGUGCGGUAAGAAGGGCCACCAGGUGGCCAACUGCCCCGAGAGCAAGCCCGUGCGAUGUGAGACAUGCAAGGGUGGCGGGCACGACAAGAGCAAGUGCCCGACCGAAGAGGCGGUGCUCGUGGUGGAAGUGCCGGCGGGGGGAGCGUCUGCGGACGCCACAGCACUGGACGUGGCCGAAGAAGCGCUGGUUGUCGGUGACAUCUCAGGCGAGUGUCACAAAGUCGUUGGUCGAGGGGGUGUAGAGCAGGCUAGGCGGGGUANNCUGUCUCUUAUACACAUCUAG